AUGCCCUCCUCCUCCCCGCGGCGCUGCCGCGCGAAACCGGCCUCCGCUGGCGCCGCCGCGAGGGACUGGGCGGCGCUGCCCCGCGACAUCCUGUCCGCCGUUUUCCUCAGGCUGGGGCCCUGCCUCGAGAUCAUGCGGGGCGCGGAGCUCGCGUGCGCGGCGUGGCGGCGCGCCGCGGUCGGGGAUCCCGGCCUGUGGCGCCGCGUCGACAUCGACGUGGGCGCGCUGGCGUCCGCGGGCCUUCGCAAGGGGUGGGGCGCGAUGCUGCGCGCUGCCGUCGACCGCGGCGCCGGCCGAUGCGAGGCCUUCUCCGGACCAUGCGAUCAGGAGUUGCUGCUCUAUCUGAUUGAAAGAGCAAACUCUUUGAAGAACCUGCAUCUGUUAUGUCUAGAUGUACCCAACGAAGUAUUGAAGGUGGCAGUAAAGAAGUACCCACACCUCGAGGAUCUUGAACUUAAAUAUGUUAGUAGCCCCAGUGACAACAUGUUGAUAUCUUGUGACCUCACUACUGAAGGACUGGCAUCCAUCCUUGACAACUGCCCUCUACUGGAGUCUCUCCACAUUACUGGCUCUUUUAAAUACUAUGAGAUGGAUGACGAGCUACAGGCGAAAUGCACCAGAGUGAAGAACCUGACUAUUCCAAAAUACUCAAUUCAUGGCUAA